AUGGCAGGUGAUAACAGCAUCAGCCUGAGCAGGGAGCGAGGCGGCAACAACUCCUUCACCCAUGAAGCCCUCACACUUAAGUACAAACUGGACAACCAGUUUGAGCUGGUGUUUGUGGUGGGGUUUCAGAAGAUCCUGACGCUAACCUACGUUGACAAGUUGAUAGACGACGUUCAUAAGGAGUUCAGAGACAAAUAUCGCAAUGAGUUCCAGCAGAAAGGCACCCUGGGCCUCCUAAAUGGCACCUUUGAUUUUAAAGAUGACUUCAUGCGCCUUCUCCGGGAUGCAGAGGAGAGCAGUAAAGUCCGAGCUCCCACGGUAAUGAAGACGUUUGAGCAGUCUCUCAAGUCCCAGAAGACUGUCAAGUGUAUGAUAGAAACCCGAGGGGAGAAACCAAAGGAGAAAGUCAAGAACAAGAAGAACAAAGGUUCUAAAAAAGAAGGAACUGAAGCUGUCGCGGCACCUGGUAAAGCAUCUGCGGGUGACAAGCAGCUCUCCACGGCCGGUGACAGGGAGGAACUGACCAAGGAUGAAAUCUUGCAAAAGAACCGGGAGGAAUUCUUCAAGAGACACAUGAAAGCAGGGGAGAAGUCCAGCAAAUCUCCAAAGCCUGAGGCACAGAAGGAGAAGGGAAAGAAGCCCCGAGUGUGGGAUCUGGGGAACUCUAAUGCCAAAGUACUCGAUUACAGUAACUCUGCUACCAACGGAAGCGCGGAGGCUUGUCCCGUGGAGGAAUUUGACCCUGAUACAGCCCUGGGGGAUCGAAAUCGGGAGCCCGGUCGCCUCUAUGACCUUGAGUAUGAGAGCGAUGAUGAAGCUGAAGAGGAGAAGGUUAUUCAGAACCCUUCAAAGCCCAGCACGAAGAAGGGUGGCCUGGGGGGCAUGUUUGGCAUGCUGAAAGGCCUGGUGGGCUCCAAGAGCUUGACAAGAGAGGACAUGGACCCCGUCCUGGAGAAGAUGAAGGAUCACUUGAUCGCAAAAAAUGUGGCAGCGGAGAUUGCAGUCCAGCUCUGUGAGUCGGUAGCUAAGAAACUGGAAGGGAAGGUGAUGGGAACGUUCACCACGGUGACCUCGACGGUGAAGCAGGCCCUGCAGGAAGCCCUGGUGCAGAUCCUGCAGCCCCAGCGCCGCGUGGACGUCCUUCGUGAUGUCAUGGAUGCCCAGCGCCAUCACCGACCCUAUGUGGUCACUUUCUGUGGCGUCAACGGUGUUGGGAAGUCCACGAACCUGGCCAAGGUGGGACACAAUCCUCCUGCCUCUUUGGGACCAGUGCUGAUGUUGGAGUGUGGCUGCUAGUGGGGUG